AUGGCUGCGCCCUACCCGCGUCUUGCGGCACGAGGCUAUGGACCAAAUGUUACUUACAUCUAUGAAUAUUCAAGAGGACUGGAUGGUGUGGACGUCCCACGCGAUGUGUUGAUCACUCGAAUCAUCUACUCCUCGGUCCUCCUGCUGGCCCUCGGGGUAUUCUGUGGCCGCAUUGCCCAGAUCAGUCAUGCCUAUCUUCGCCAAAUCACCGCCUCUUCCGCAGCCGGGCGGCAGCAGAAUUUCUGGGGCCAGGAGCAGUCCAGGUGGUGGCCUAACAUCAAGAAGCACUUCCUCUAUGCUCCGUUGGGACGCAAACGACACAACCGGGAGAUCCAACUCUCGUCCGCGGUUAGCAUCGGCACGUUGCCCUCACGGUUCCAGGCAAUCCUGGUCACCUUGAAUCUGGCAAGCCAGGUCGCGUACUGUCUGUAUCUGGACUACCGAGUCAACGAGAAAGCAGCGCUGGUCGCAGAGCUCCGUGGACGAUCGGGGACGCUGGCCGUCCUGAACAUGGUGCCACUGUUUGUCCUUGCGGGCCGCAAUAACCCUCUGAUCUCGAUCUUGCAUAUUAGCUUCGACACCUACAACCUGCUCCAUCGGUGGCUGGGCCGGAUCAUCGUGCUCGAGACUAUCACGCAUACGGCGGCAUGGGCUGUUAAUGCCUGCGAUGAGCAGAGUCUAGCUCACAUGCUCAAGCGUGUACGAACCACGCCAUUUUUCGGCUGGGGGCUUGCAGGUUCAAUCGCCAUGGUGUUCCUGGGUUUGCACUCCCCGUCGCCUAUCCGCCAUGCCUUCUACGAGACGUUUCUGCACCUGCAUCAGCUGGCCGCCUUAUUGGCUUUCCUGGGCGUCUAUAUGCACUUGCAUCUUGACAGUCUGCCCCAAAAGAGCUGGGCCCAGGUCAUCGCGGCAAUAUGGCUAAUCGAGCGCAGUGCCCGCUUACUCCGACUGGCCCACCUCAACGUAUCCCCCCGACACGGUCUCACCAAGAUGGUCGUCCAAGCGCUGCCCGGCGAAGCGUGCCGAGUGACGUUUCACCUCCCGAAACGCGUGCACAUCGAGCCAGGCUGCCACGUCUUCGCCUACAUCCCCAGUGUCUCAUGGUGGAUGUCGCACCCAUUCUCGAUUGCCUGGGCUGAGUCCAGUAGUAUUGGGAUGGUCCUCGCCUCGGGGACCGAAACCCACCAACGGGCCUGCAAAUCCAUCGCAGGGCCCUUGAGCCCAUCGGCACUCGAGAAGCAAAGCAAUGUCUUCGACGAGUACCUGGGAGACAACAAGCAAGCAACAACCCAAGUAACCCUAAUCAUCAGCGCGCGCCAGGGCAUGACCCGCCGCCUCUACUCGCUCGCAGCAGCCAGCCCGAACCAAACCCUGCGCGCACCAGGGUUCAUCGAAGGGCCGUACGGGUCGCACCCAGCCAACACAACCAGCUACGGCACGACGAUCCUCUUCUCCGCGGGCGCGGGCAUAACCCAUCACUUAAUGUACACGCGCGAGCUCGUCCGCCGCGCCGCCGAGUCCUCCGCCGCAACCCGCCGCAUCUACCUCAUCUGGGCCGUGCGCUCGACAGACCACCUCGCCUGGACGUCGCAAUACAUGGAUGAGAUUCUGCGCCUGCCGUUGCGUCGCGAGAUCCUGGUUGUGCGCCUGUUUGUUUCCAAGCCCCGUCGGCCGGCGGAUAUCAUUUCGCCGUCGACGACGGUGCAGAUGCAUUCGGGCCGGUGUCGGCCUGAUGUUGUUCUUGAUGAGAUUCUGCCGGGCCGGGUUGGGGCUGCGCUUGUCUCGGUUUGUGGACCUGGUGCAUUUGCUGAUGAGGUGCGUGCAGCGACGAGGGAACGCAUCGGCCGUGGGGCUGUGGUGGACUUGGUGGAGGAGGCUUUUACUUGGUAG